AUGUAUCAAAAGAUAUUGAAAUGUGGCGUGGAGAACCUAUGGAAGUUCAUAAUAAAGAGUCAUUUUUACUUUAUUCCUGAAUUUGAGCCUACGAUAGCCCUCAACGUCUCACAAAUGCUUCCCGAAAGCGACCUCCGCCUCUGUGGAUCUGCGAAAGAGAAAAACGCCAUCAGUGGUAAAAACGGCAAACUUAAGAAUCCACCUAGACCUCCAAAUGCCUUCAUCCUUUAUCGUCAUAUUGGAAUAUUGCACGAAGAACCCGUGGAAUUAGCACAAAGAAAUAUCCUGAAUAUGGGUAUUACCUGCGACGGCCUCAAGAAAGAAACGUCGAGCCCUGCACGCGAAGAAGGUAAUCUGCAUCCAGUUUUACCUCAGUUUACAAUUGCACAAUCUCCUUCGACGUGUUUCUUCCUCGUCGGUGAUAUCGAAAGCGGAUACAAAAUUCACAUUAGCGAGAGUUCUACACUCAAAGUCCAGAGACAAUAUCACCUUCCAAUACAUUCGGUCUCUUGA